AAAGAAGAGAGAAAAUGAGUAAUGCAAUAACCUUAGAUAGAAACAGAGCAGAAGGUUUAUUAGUAAUGUCAUUAUAUUUAGGCGAUAUCCGAAAUCUAUCAAAUGAGCAGCUUUUACAAAAAGCCUGGGAAAAAAUCCAAGACAGAUACUUUAAUAUUUUUAGUUUACACCGCUAUAAUAUGUGCCGAACUGCUUUUGA